AUGGUGCUGUCGGAAAAAAAUAGCGCUAACAUUAAAAAUGGGCAACGUUCUCGAGGGCCUAGUCCUAAUGGAAAUGUGGGUCCAAGUCCUGCUUCACCAAUAGAUGAUGAAGGGGCCUUAAAUACAAAAAAUAAUUGUCAAGCAUUUACAAAUAUUAGCGCAAAGGGAAAAUUUUUCAUUUACAUUCUUGUUUGCUGCUCAUUUCAAUAA